UUAGUUAAUCUUUGGUGUUUACAUGGUUCCACGAGAUCUUCAGUUACAACUGUGAAUUGUUUAUGUUUAAAUAUAGGCGUAAGCAGUAUGUGGCUGCCAUUUUUGACGUAAUGUUAUAAUAGGGAAAAAAAUGUGGGUGCGUAUGCUUAUGUUCCCGAGAGCAGGUUUGGAGAACUUCUUGUGGGUGUAUGUGUGCUGGUCCUAAUUGCUGUUGCUGAUAAACAUGAACUGUAUUUAGUGUAACGUCAGUAAAUAGAAGUGGUCACUAUUACGUUGAGCUGCUGCUCUCAGGAAACAAAAAACAGAAGGUGUGUAGAUGGCAAAAUGGAGGAGAAGCAAGAGUGUUACUCUGCUUCAAAGAGCGUGGUGGAGAACCUCCUCUUCGUGAGCCGCACAGGUGUGAAAGAAGAACCCAAGGAAGCUACAGAUGAAGAGGUUGGCACUUUUGAAGAGAUUUCCAUCCCCGAUUGGAAUGUGCAUAUUAAGCAGGAGGUGGAUGAGACUGAUGAAUCCACUUUGGCUCGUGUCCUUGAGCGAGAUCCACUUCAGGGAGAAGAGCAAGAGCACUUGGCAUCUGACAAUGAUUAUCUUGAUGAGUGUGACCCUUUGAAGAUUGAAGAUGAGAUGGAGGUAGCUCCAGAAGGGUGUACACCAGGCAGUACACGGUUGAAAUCUGCUGUUGGCAAGGUUGGAAGAACCAUGUUACAAGAAAAUUGUCUGCAUGGAGUGACUAUUCGUAAGUUGGAGAUUGCUGCUAAGAAAUCUGCAUCCGUUACUUUGUCUGGUACCUUGAAGAAACUGUCAUUAAUACAUACUGACAAUAGACCACAUAAAUGUAAUGUUUGUGGAAAGAGUUUUAAAUUAUCUGGGGAUCUCAACAGGCAUCGUUUAAUACAUACUGGUGAUCGGCAACACAAGUGUACUGCUUGUGGCAAAUCCUUUACUCAAUGCAGUAACCUGAGGAGGCACAACUCAGUACAUACCGGCGAGAGUCCACACAAAUGUGGCAUGUGUGGAAAAUCGUUUACUAGGUCUGCAGGACUUAAGAAGCAUUAUCUACUACAUUCAGGUGAGAAGCCACACAAGUGUGACCUGUGUGGCAAAACGUUUAGUAUGUCUGACGGAAUCAGGAAACACAAAUUAAUACAUACUGCUGAAAAAGUCUACAAAUGUGAAGUUUGUGCGAAACGUUUCUUAAGGGCUGGUGAACUGAAACAGCAUAUACUAGUACAUACUGGAGAAAGGCCAUACAAAUGUAAUGUUUGUGGAAAAUCAUUUGCGGAGUCUGGAAAUCUCGGAAGGCAUAUAUUAACACAUACUGGCGAGAAACGACACAAAUGUCUCGUCUGUGGAAAAUCCUUUACUGUGUCCAGUCAGCUUAAAAGGCAUUCGCUAAUACAUGCUGAUUAGAGUCUGUACUGAUAUUGUGUUUGUUGAUGAGAUUUAGUUAGCAUUGGUAGUCUUAAGUGCUGUGCAAUUGUAUGUAGUUGUUGGAGCACAGGAAAAUGUCGGGAAUUUGAUUUUUGUAGAAAUAUUGUUUCCUAUCUGACUGAAGUUCAAUGCAGUUUUUUACAAGGGAUACACGCUCUACAAAAGCAUGACACUGAGCUAAACCAUUUCACUAAUCACCAAGCUGCACAUUCUGCAGAGAGGCCACACAUGUAGUAGUGUUUAUUGCACUUCUUAUCAAUUUCUCAUGGCCCACAUUGUUAUUGAAACCAACUGUGUAUAUAUAUCCUGUAUUGAGCCCAAAGUUUUGUAUGAUAAAGCAGUUCUAAUUAAUACAAGGGGCUCAGAGAUCUCAUUGUAUGAAAUAUGUUUACUUGAGGCAACUGAAUUGUAUGUU